GUCUGAAAGCAACGUGUUCCGGUAUAAUGUCAAUAGCAGAAUUGGCUGGCUUAGGAUCAUGGCAACAUUUGAAACUUCAAAAUUCGGACCUAUUACAAAUUCGAGUUGGAGAUUUUAGUCGAAGCAGACUUCUGCAAGUUUUAGAUUUGUCCGGAAAUCAAAUCAAUCAUAUUCCCGAUAUGGCUUUAUCAACACUACGUGAACUACAAGUUUUGCUAUUGAAUGAUAUGAGAUUAACUUUACCACCAGCAGCCGUCUUGAAUGCGUUGAGAAUAUUAAAAUUAGCAAGAAACGAUAUAGUGGCAAUAGAAGAUAACAACUUCUCUCAAAUGCAAAACCUUCGUCUUUUGGAUUUGUCUGGAAAUCGAAUACAAGAACUGCGUUCAGAAACCUUUGCUGGCUUAUCUUUGUUAACACAUUUGUAUCUAGGCAACAACCAAAUUGGACGAGUGACACCACUCACAUUUCGUUACAUGCAAAACCUAGAAACAUUAGAUUUAUCUGGAAAUAUGUUAAGCAUUGUCAGCACUGGUGCGUUCAUUUACUCAAGUCGCGUAUUACAGCAUCUAAAUAUAAGUCAUAACUAUUUGUCAGUUCUGCAAUCAAAUUCCUUCUCCACUUUAAGCAACCUUCAAACUCUGGACCUUUCCUAUAAUAGACUCAAUUUGUUGCCAUCAGAUUCUCUAAAUGGGUUAAACAAUUUGAGGACUUUGGACAUUUCCAAUAAUUACAUCCAAUUUAUUCCUUCACAACUUUUAGACUCAGCUCAGUACAUAGAAGAUUUGAGAUUCGCUUACAAUCGCCUUACUUAUUGGCCCUUGAAUUCAAGAAACUACUGGCUUUAUUUGAAGUCGGUUACCAUGGAAGGAAAUCCUUGGCAAUGUCAUUGCCUGCAUCAGAUCAUGGUGUUCUUAUAUAGUAAGAAAGUUGAUUUUAAAAGAGAACAAUACUUCACGGGACAGAAGCCUGUAUGCGUGAUAACUGAUGUCAAUUAUUGUGUUAGAGAUAUGAGAGUAUUGUCAAAGACUGAAAUUGUACCUGUUUAUGAAGAGAAGCAUCCAAGAACGUAGAAAAGACCACACAUAAAUUCAGUU